CACAUCCGUACACGUAAUCUUUUUUGUACAUGCACGCACAUACAUACAAUUAUUUCACCAUUUUUGUUUUUUCCCAUCACCCCUAUAAUAAACCUAUACUAUAUACCUAAUAUAUUUUAUUUAUAUAUAUAUAUUUAUAGGUAUAUGUAUUUUCUUUCAUUAACUUAUUUUUGGCCUUUUUCCCUUCAUAGAUGAUUCUCUCUUGUCCACUUUCCGCCACAUUGCUCACAAACUUCAAAGAUCUCUCUAUCGUCAAUGUCGAUACUCUCUAUUUUCACUCAUAAAAAUUGAAUCUUUUUUUUUAAUUUUUGUUUGAUUUUUUUUUUUUGAAAUUCUGAAUUUAGGGCUUUUUUAUUUUUGGGUUUGAUUUGUAGGGAAAAUAUUUGGAUUUAGUUUAGAUCAGAGUUGGAAUUGCAUUGUUGAUGAUAAUUUAGAGGUCUUUUGUUGUUGUUGGGAAGUUGGGUUAAUUUUUUUUUUUUUAUUUUUUUUUUGGAGAUUUGGGAUUGAGAAUUUUGUGUUUAGGGUUUGGAUUUCUGUGUUUGCAUGUGUAGAAUGUGAAGAGGGGUCCUCUGCUGUAGCAUGGAGGAUCCCAGAAUUGUUUUUUAUUAGAAGGUUGUGUGGUGAUUUUUUUUGGAAAUUAGUGGGCAUUGGUGGGAUUUAGUUUUUUUUUUUUCUUAGAUUGUUUAUUUGGAUAAUUUGUUAAUUGAAGUGGGAAUUUAAGAUUUUUCUUGGGUAAAGUAUAAAUCUUUGUGAAAGGGGAGAUGUUUGGGUCUGGAAGUGAUAGUGGACAGAAUCAUACUGGGGUUGUUGGAGCUACUGUUUUGAUGCCAACUCGUUUUGUAUGGCCUUAUGGGGGAAGAAGAGUGUUGCUCAGUGGCUCUUUCACUAGGUGGGAAAAUCACAUAGCAAUGUCACCUAUGGAGGGCUACCCAACUGUGUUUCAGGUUGUCUGCAACUUAACACCAGGACAUCACCAGUACAAAUUCUUUGUUGAUGGAGAAUGGCGUCAUGAUGAACGCCAGCCAUUUGUAAGUGGAGACUAUGGUGUAGUCAACACAGUUUUCUUGCCCAGGGAGACAGAGGCUGCUACUCCUGAACUUUUUGGUUCAGAUGCGCCCGUUAGAUCUAAUAUGGAUGUCGAUAAUGAUUUUCUUCGACUGGAUGCAGUUCCGCAGAUAUCACAGGCUGAAAUAGAGUUAUCGCGUCAACGUAUAUCUGCAUUUUUGUCUACACAUACUGCCUAUGAGUUACUCCCAGAGUCUGGCAAGGUGAUUGCCUUGGAUGUAAAUCUUCCAGUAAAACAAGCUUUUCAUGUUCUCUAUGAGCAGGGAAUCUCUGUUGCUCCUUUGUGGGACUUUUGCAAGGGCCAGUUUGUUGGAGUUCUCACUGCGAUAGACUUCAUCUUAAUCCUAAUGGAGCUUGGGAAUCAUGGAUCUAACUUGACGGAGGAAGAGCUCGAGACACACAGUAUAUCUGCUUGGAAAGAGGGCAAGUUACACAUCAACAGGCAAAUCGACUGUAACUUGAAUUCGUACUCAAGAAGUCUUGUCCAUGGUGGGCCUUAUGACUCUUUGAAGGAUCUUGCUUUAAGAUUUCUGCAAAACAAGGUGUCAACUCUUCCUGUUAUCCAUUCUUCUUCACCCGAUGGUUCAUUUCCUCAGCUGCUACACCUGGCCACCCUUUCUGGGAUUCUGAAGUGUAUCUGCCGGCAUUUUAAACAUUCUUCUAGUUCCUUGCCAAUUCUUCAGCAACCAAUUUGCUCAAUUCCUAUUGGAACUUGGGUUCCAAAAAUUGGGGAAUCAAAUGGAAAGCCAGUCGCGAUGCUAAGACCAAAUGCUUCUCUUGGUGCUGCUCUAUCUUUAUUAGUUCAAGCUGGAGUUAGUGCGAUACCAAUUGUGGAUGAUAAUGACUCCCUGCUGGAUAUCUACUGUAGAAGUGAUAUUACUGCAUUGGCAAAGGACAGGGCGUACGCACAGAUUCGGCUUGAUGAAUUGAGUAUUCAUCAGGCAAUACAAUUGGGACAAGAUGCAAGUUCUCCUCAUGGAUUAUUCAAUGGACAGAGGUGUCAGAUGUGUCUAAGGUCCGAUCCUUUGCAUAAAGUAAUGGAGCGACUUGCUGUUCCUGGUGCAAGAAGACUUGUCAUUGUGGAGGCUGGCAGCAAGCGUGUGGAAGGCAUUAUUUCAGUGACUGAUGUAUUUAGGUUCUUGCUCGGCUGCUGAUACAGCCAGGUGAUCACCCUGCCUUUUAGGGCUUUGUUGUGGUGGCUUUAAUGAAGAAGCCAUUGCUUGGCACUCAUGUUAGUUACUCUUCAGCAACGCCCUCUCCUCAUAGUUGCAUUUGUAAUUGGUCGGAAUUUGUGGAGUCCUGGCCGGCUCAUGCUUUUGACUCCCCCUCUUUUUUCAGGAUGCGAGUUCAGAAAGAAAGAAAUGUUUGUAAAUUGAGAGGAUCCCCAAAUUUUCCCUUAUUUAUAUUUUAAAUUUUCACAACCUUAUUAUCA